AAUUUUCAUUUUCAUUAUUUAUUAUUAAAAAAAAAAGGAGCCCUCUAUUAACUUUUAUAUACGGUAACAGACGUAUCAUACGCAUGAGUGUAUGAAAGCCCAAAAAUUGACGAUUGACGAAUUACCCAACACUGUAGAUGAACUUGAGCGUCCAAUAUGGUCGUGGUUGUGAACGUGAUGCCGUUUUGACGUUCGCGAAUUAUGGUGGUUUUAAACGUUUUAUUGUCAACAAAAAACUUGUCCUGACGCGCUAUUGUUUCCUGGUGCGAUAAUCACGAUUAUCGCUCACAGUGAUUCAAGCGUAAUUGACAGAAAUUACAUAUAAAGUGGCUGGAGCAAUGGCAUUAGUGACGGUGCAACGAUCACCGAGUGUUUCCAGCUCUCCUCAGAGCUCUGACUCAGGUACUGGAGCCCAUGUUCAAGAAGACGAUGCAAUGCGUAAUUGUAAAAGUUUGAGUGAGUGCUAUUUUGCCGGUAAAGGUGCAGCAUUAGUUCUCCCACCAAACGAACGUGUCAGACCUUCCCGACGGGUAUCCGCAGCAGGAUGUGAUAUACAACAGCAUCUACAAUCUAUGUUUUAUCUGUUGAGGCCUGAGGAAACCUUAAAAAUGGCCGUUAAGUUGGAGUCAGUGCAUCCAGGAAGAACGCGCUACCUUGUUGUUGUGUCGUGUAAUGGUCGCCAGGAUGCUGAAGAAAGCUGUUUGCUUGGUAUUGAUUGUCAUAUUCGAGCAACUGUUGGGCUCGUUCUCAGAGUUUUGGCCGACACUGCAAUAACUCUUGAUGGCGAUGGAGGUUUCAGUGUGAGUGUUUGUGGGUGUCAGCACAUAUUUAAGCCAGUUUCAGUUCAAGCAAUGUGGUCAGCUCUGCAAACUCUACACAAAGUAUCUAGCAAAGCCAGAGACUACAACUAUUUUCUUGGUGGACUGUCUCACGACUGGGUCAGCUACUAUGACCAACGUAUCGAAAGUGAUCGCUCGUGUCUUAACGAGUGGCACGCAAUGGAUAAUCUUGAGUCUCGAAGGCCACCAUCGCCUGACAGUGUGCGCAACAAGCCUAGAGAGCGAGAAGAAACAGAACUGGUAAUACGUGCAACUCUAAAAGAGAUAAUGAUGUCUGUCGAUCUUGAUGAAGUUACCUCUAAGUAUAUUCGUGGCAGACUCGAAGAAGAUCUUGACAUGGAUCUUGGUGAGUUUAAGCCCUUCAUUGAUGAAGAAAUGUUGACUAUUUUGGGUCAAAUGGACGCACCAACAGAAAUUUUUGAUCAUGUGUAUCUUGGCAGUGAAUGGAAUGCUAGUAAUCUUGAAGAAUUGCGAAAAAAUGGAGUUCGACACAUUCUCAAUGUGACAAAAGAAAUUGACAAUUUUUUCCCUGGAAUGUUCAGUUAUUUGAAUAUCCGUGUUUAUGACGAUGAAAAAACAGAAUUGCUUAAACACUGGGAUGAUACGUUUAAAUAUAUAACUAAAGCAAAGAAAGAAGGAUCGAAGGUUCUCGUUCAUUGUAAAAUGGGUGUUUCACGUUCAGCUUCAGUAGUUAUUGCCUACGCAAUGAAGGCCUACAACUGGGAUUUUUCACAGGCCUGGAAACAUGUUAAGAAUAAGCGCAACUGCAUCAAGCCAAACACUAAUUUUCUCUCUCAACUUGAAACUUAUCAAGGUAUACUAGAUGCAAUGAAAAACAAAGAAAAACUACAGAGAUCAAAGUCUGAUACAAAUUUAAAAUCACCAACAACUAGACCUGGUAGAACGAAGGGAUUUCAAGAAGAGCUUGAAAAUGAAAAACGACACAGUCAACAAUAUGGAACGAUUAGUGAAGAAUCAGGACUUAAAUUUAAAAAAUCUGAGAAAAGGCCCAAGAGUUGGUCAUCCUUUCACAUGGAAAUCAUUGAUAAUGUUGAACGAAUAUGUCAGUCAUUGGAAAGCAUUGACAGGACUGCAUUAGUUCCUGAGAUAAGUCGAGAAGAUCUUAUGCGUAGCAUUAAUUCAAAAAAUCUAUCAGUUGAUCAGGAAGCAAGAAAUGUCUUGAUGCCUUGCGACAAUGGUCAGUCAUACAGUGUUUCACAAAAUCAAAUAGUCCAUCUUCCAGGGUCAGAUGUACCGUCAGUAAAGUGUAGAAUCAAUAAACUAGAGACACAAGGCCACCAAGGAAGAAAAGGUCUUGUACUAAAUCUGACAAAUCAGUUUGAAGCUGCUGGAUCAAAACCAUCAUCUCCUGAAUCAGAAGCAGAUGGUGGUAUAAAGCCUCUUGUAACUCAUUCUUGCGUUGUCGAAAAUGGCCAAUUCGUCAACCUUAUGACAAAACAUCAGCAACACCAGAUAGAUAAGAAAAAAGAUACGAUCGAAAAUAAUUGUCUGGUCUUGACGUCUUCAACAGAAAAUGAUAAAUUUGUAAGUAAAAAAACCAUACUUGUUAGAAGUGAUUUAACAACUAGUGAAGCUUUCAACGUUGGUAUUAAAACAAGAAGAAGAUUAAUAAAGGAUGGAGAUCUUUUUAGUACUCAAUUAGACAAAGUUUUCGAACGUGAAGAGAAACGAGAGCCACCAAGUAGACAGAGUUCUUGGAGUAGUUAUGAUUCGGCAGUUGUGCUUGAUAAUAAUUCAGUUCACAGUUCUUGGGCUACUUUACCUUCUAGAAAUAGUUCGUGGGGUUCGUAUGACAUACGAACCGGUGCAAAUGAUUUAUUGGGAUCAAGUGGUUUAUUUCCCUGUGAUAAAGAGGAGAUUCCUUGGCACCCAGGGACUGUUAAACGCACAAAACAAAAAAUAGAAGAUGGAACAGUCAAGAGAGUGUGUACUCAGCCGAAUGAAGAAGAAAAACUUGAAAGCAAACCGACAAGUAGUUUAGAGGAAAAUUUAGCAAGUGAGGAAUUUAAUUCAGCUCGAGUCCUUCAGUUUAGUUUAUCUUCUACACAUGAUUGGCUGGAACCAAUAUCCACGAAUGAUAAUCAAUCGAAGCCUCAAACAUCUAAACACGAUUUUUCAAGUCCAAUUGAAGGCAUCGAUAUUUCAACAGUUACGCAACAAGUAGGCACACUAUCAAGAUCAGCCCCUGUUACUUCGGUUCUUUCAACAGAUACUGAAAAUUUACAUCCCAGAUUAAGAACAUGUCGAUCUGAAAGUUCGAGUCCCAGUGUAAUUAAUACUUCUCAGCGCCCAUCAGUUAAACAUCAGAAAAUGGUUUUAGAAAAUUUAUAUAAGCCAAAUUUUAGUAAACGCUGUUUACCUGUUGACGAUUCGCCUUCUGAGUCGUUUGGUUCUUUACUGGUCUUGUCAUCAUCGUCUUCUUCAUCAUCUUCAUCAUCGUCGUCAGAAGGUCCAAAAAAUAUAUCUGGAAUUGUCAAAAAUCUUAAAAAAGAAUUCGAAGCGAAAUCAAGUAAAUUACAAAAAAGUACUGAAAUUAUGAAUCCGUUGAACGAGCAAUCUGACGUCCAAUGGUCAAAACGUGAAUCCAAGGUUAUUCGGAGUCUUCCUACAUCGCCCGUGAUUUCUCACAUUGAACCGAAGAUGCAUAUAUCUUCAAGUAGCACCAAGUUUCAAGCUGAAGAGAAAAAUGAUUCUAUAAUGAAAAGUCUCAAUAGUACCGAAGACUUUUCAGUAAAAGUAUUGGUAGGAAAAUACGAAGUUAAGCCGGAAAAAAAAUCAAGUGAUGUGCUGUUACGCACAAACCGAGAAAGUGAUUUAGUUGAAUCUCACCCUUUUAGAAAACUAAAAGCUGCGGUGCACGAGUUUUCCAGGAGAUCAGCCCCAAUAAUGAUUGAUCGACCAUCGUUCUUAUCUGAAGAAAAUGAAGCACGAGGAAGACCGCCAGUAAUACCUUCGCAAAACGUCGUUAUUGAUUCUGUGAUAGUCAAAGCAGCCAACAAAAAACAACAACAACACGGUCGAACCCAUCCUCUCACGAGACUGCAAGUCAGACCUAGACAUAGCAGUCCUGUUUAUAAUACCAUGUGAAUCCACUAAAAUAAAUUUACAUUUGUAUAUAUGAACUAAAUCUUUCGUCAAGAUACUGAUACUUUUAUACAAUCAAGCCUGUUUAAAAAAAGUGUUUCAAAGAAUAUCGUGUCAACGACUGUAUCAUGUGAACUCUACGUUGCCAUUUUUUAGUUGAAGCUGACUGAUGGUGAAUGAAUGUUCGCUCAAGUUAGUUUAUUUAUUCAUAGUAUAUUUGGCCUGAUUAAGAAAAAUUACUGUGUUUCAAAAUUGUUUCUAUAGAGUUCGUAAACAACCAAAAAACAAGAAGUAUGUAGAUAUAUAUAUUUUACAAAAUAAAUUAUGAACGUUAAUUUAGUAUUCGAACGCGGAAUAUAAAAUGCCUAUAAAAUAGAAAAUGUUUCAAAGUUUUAAGGAAGAGAAAAAAGAAUUGUUAAAAAAACCAGAGAACACAAAACAGAUAAAAAUAGUGAGUGCUCGGUCAGGCUGUGAACGUAACGUCUGGGGCUCGCGUGUAUUCUGGCGUUAUUUUCUUUUCAUUUUUUUUAGUAUUCAGUUAAUACGGUUAAAAUAAAUUGUAAAAUAAUAUUGAAAAACAAAUAACACUCUGAUGAUGCUUUGAGAUGCACAAUGGUGCUCUUGUAAGUAGAAAAAAAAUGACAUAGAGGCUUCGAGACAGUGAUAAAAGAAUUCUUACAGCCUCGAAUAUAAUUGAUAACUAUUGAUACUGAAUAAAAAUUAUAAUUGAAUACACUUAUAAGUGUAUGAUUGGAAGAUGAUGAAAUUAAAUAGCAAUUACGGAAAUUAAAAUAAGAAUGUGUCAUUGAGCUUGUAUAUAUGCAUGUAUGUAAAAGAACGAAUGUGAUCAUAAUAAUCUACUCUUGUAUUCUCUUAUUAUAAUCGUCUCCAAAAAACUAAUAUAAAUGUAUAUAGUUAAAAAUAUUUAGUUUUCAGAUUUUUGUUUUUAUCAUCGCUACUUCUGUAGCAAAAAAAGCAGAUAAUUACGAUUUUCUGUACAAUUUCAAACAAAACAUGAAAAAUCCAUAUUCGUCGCUUUUUUUUUAUUUAUAUAUGAAAACCAAAUGAUGUACAAUCGUAUUUCAGUUUGAAAAUAAAAUGAAAAAAUAAAAUCAAACAAAUUAAAAAUUAAACUAUGAGAAAGAAAACGCAGUAUUUUUUGGAAAUAUAUUAAACUAGUGUUCGCUAUGGUACAUUUUAAUUUUUUGAGACUACAAUUUUUUUUUUUUUCGUUGAAAUGAUAGUAAAUUUUUUAAUAGUUAAAAGAUUCUUCGAAAAGUUAUUUGGUAAUGUGGCACCAUAGUAAAAUUUAAUGAAAAUUUUUCUCCGUGUCCGAGUCGAUUUUUUUAUUUUAAAAAAAGUUAUCAUAUAAAAAGGAUUUUUCUUAAAUAUGCAUUUUUUAAUUCUUUAGAUGUUUGAUUUUUUACUCAGAGCAGCGUCACGUUGUCUUGGACUUCGAGCGUAAGGCCGGUUAUCGUAUCCGGACGCUUAAUUGGUAACUUUCUGUUCCGCUAACACAACUAACACACAGUACAA